UCAUUGACCGCAAGCGAUAUAAAUGUAAAUCCAUGUCGGUGUACACCGCGAGCGUUUUUUAAGGUUUUUUAUACAUUUCGUAUACUUUUCUCAGUUGCGAAGGCUUUUUGGAAAGUCAUACAUAGUCAUGUUGAAGCUACAGAUUGCCAAUGCUCAGGAUCGGAAGGAGGCUCAGAAUAGAGAAAGGAGGAGACAAUGCGAGUUGGAGAGAAGAUCCCGGAUCUUCAACGCCAGGAACAGGAAAAUUGGUGUGGAUCUGCCAUUCCUCGAGCGACAAGUAGCAGAAAAGCGCGCAGAGCGAGAGGAGCAGGAAAGAAAGAAUCUGGCAUUCGCUCAGCAGAUGAUCAAAGACAGCAACCUCGCUGUUGUUCUCGGAGCAAGGGAGAAAGAAGAGCGUCGUCGUAUAGGCGUUGAAAUAGAUGAAUACCGUCAGAGGUAUCAGCGGAAAGAAGACAGCCGCGAAUACGAUCUCAACAACCCUGAUGUUCUCAAGAUGCAGCUUCCUCCGAGGGCGUCUGAUGGUGAACCCGUUGGCCUGUCCAGUGCACAAAAAUUCGAAGGCGAAGACCUAGAAUACGAAGAGCGUAAGAAGAUAAUGGCUGCCCAGAAGAACGCGUGGCUGGAACAGCAGGUGCAGGAGCGCAAGGCUGCUCAAGAGGAGCGCAGGCAGGCUGAGGCUGCCUACAUGAUGGCAAUAAAAGCGCGAGAUGCACGCGCGGGCGAGUUGGACAAAUUGGAAAGGGAGUGCAGAUAUCGGCUGGGCCAGGCCAAUCUUCGUUACAACGAGGCUUUGGCAGCGGAAAAGAAACAACUGGAACAGAUAAUAAAAGAGCAAGAGGAGGCCGACAACACCGCUGAGAUGUACAACAAUCUCACAUCGGAUAUGCUCACUGAAAACCCUGACGUUGCUAAGAGCGCUCUUGGAAAGAACAGGGCUAUUGGCUUUAUGUACAAAGGUAUGAACCAAGAAGAACUAAAGAAAUUCUACGCAGCGCAAAAAGAACAAAUGGCUGCAGCGAAGGCGAAGCGUGAAGAACAGGAUAGAAUGGAGGCAGAAUGGCAGGCGCUUGCCAAAUCCAUACAGAACGAAGUUGCAAGACUUGACAUUCAAGACAACAGAAAGAGAAGGGAACUCGCUCGUCAACUUAUGGAAGAAAAUCAGCUCUUGGCUUUACAGCAGAAGGAAAAGGAGAAGUACUUCAGAGAAGUCGUGUACAACAAUACUCCAACCGAUGAAUAUUAUGCUCAAUUCAAUACUACUACUAGAUAAAUUGAUAACGUUCUGCAAAUAAAGGUGUGAAGUCGCUAGUUUUAGUCAGCAUUUUCUUGAGCUUUAAAUAAAACGAGAGGAUGCCCGCGGCUUCGCCCGCGUGGAUUUCGGUUUUUAAAAUUCCACAGGAACUCGUUGAUUUUCCGG